CCGUAGUACAACACGGCAGGAGUGUGGACUUUGUUUACCACUUCCCGCGCCAAUGGCGACGUUCUUGCGGGCAGGGAGCCUGUUUAACAUUCAGAGAACGACGACAGCGAUGCAGUCCUACUGCUCUUCACUGACCUCUGGCAGGCAGCAUGUUAAUGGAGUGGAUCUUUACUAUGAGAAGACAGGCGCAGGGAAACACGCUGUGCUGUUACUUCCUGGUGCUCUGGGAAGCACUAAGACAGAUUUUCAACCCCAGCUUAAGUCUUUGAACAAGGAGCUCUUUACUGUUGUGGGCUGGGAUCCUCGGGGUUAUGGACGAUCACGACCCCCGGACAGAGACUUCCCAACAGACUUCUUUGAAAGGGAUGCAAGGGACGCAGUGGAUUUAAUGAAGACUUUGGGGUUUGUCAAGUUCUCUCUGCUGGGGUGGAGUGAUGGAGGAAUUACAGCCCUAAUAGCUGCUGCCAUGAACCCCAUGUUAAUCAACAAGAUGGUCGUAUGGGGAUCUAAUGCUUUCGUAUCACAACAUGACCUUGACAUUUACAAUGUGGUCCGUGAUGUGUCCAGAUGGAGCGCAAAGAUGAAGCAGCCCAUGGAGGAGGUAUAUGGUGUAGAAUUGUUUGCUAAAACAUGGGUGGCCUGUCUGGAUGCAAUCUCCCAGUUUGCACAGAGACCAGAAGGGAACAUCUGCAUUGAACUUCUUCCUCUGAUCAGAUGUCCGACACUGAUCAUUCAUGGAGAAAAAGAUCCAAUAGUCCCCAGCUUCCACCCACACUUCCUUCUCAAACAUAUCCAGGGAUCAAGAUUACACCUGAUGCCAAACGGAAAACACAAUCUCCAUCUGAGGUUCGCUGAGGAAUUCAACAAACUGGUGGAGGACUUUCUGGAAGAGGGAAACAAUAAUUAACACACUGAAAUAAUCACCAUGAUGAAGAGGUCAUUGCAUCAAGCUUUUGAAUUUUUUAUGUUCAUUUUGGUUAACAAUUAAGAUCGAAGUGUUGUUUCAAUUUAAUUUAAAGGAAAACUACACUUUUAACAUUUUGCCUAUCAUCCACAAUCCCAAUAUGAGACAAAAACACACAUCCUCCCUUUUCUGUGCGUUCUCGAUAGUAAAAAAAAUAUGCUAGCAUGAGACGACUAACAAUGCAUGUAAAGGGAGUUUACUAUUUUGUUCAUAAAUCCCUCUAAAAAACAUUUUAAAAAUGUACAUGAUGUGGCCUGCAUAUUAACCAAGCUAUAGCAACAUUGUUGUUGUCGGAGCUAUCUCCGAGGAACUACUUUACUGCCAUAGUGACACAGUGUCUUGCUCACAGUGUCCCCGACUACUAUCGAGAGCUCAUAUGUAUGCUAGUAGCUACUGCUGUUGCUGCUAAAUCCCCUUAAUGAGUUUGAAAAAGUUUGAAACUUCAAAAUUCCUCACGCUACCAGCUAAAAAGGGAUCUGCUUAGCACACAGCUUAAAAAACGUGUAGCUCAUUGUAGAGGUCGCUUCCUAGCGGUACCACUGACAUACACUUCACAGGAGCCAGGCGUGCGAAGUUGAACAAAGUUUUAAUGUACAUAGAUAUUAUCAAAUUCUUUUCUCCGGCAGAACGUGACUUUUCAGUCACGUCCGUAUCCUCUCUCCCCUCCUGCUCCCGGCCGUUUACUGUUAAAGACAACAGAUGAUUAGAUUAACACGUACCACCUGUGAAAUCUAAUCACCUGCCAGCUGUGUCUCGCCGUCAGCACUGCCAGUCCUCUGAUGGUGCUCUGUCCUCAGCACCAUGGACAGAGGCGGUUGCCUUUGCUCCGGCAGGCAGCGCUGGCCACAUCUCCCUCCACACUCAUCCUACAGUAUAUACUCAAGCUAAAAAAGAUAAGGUUCUGGAUCAUCAUUUGUGCCAAGUAAGUGAUUGUUGGCUCUCACAAAGUCUACCAUGAUUAGAAAUGAAUCCCCAUGACCUGCAUUGUCACUCGCUUCGUGCUAGCCGUUUUUUGUGUGCCAGCAACUUGAGGGUUCUAGGUUUGAUCCCCGCUUCUGCCAUCCUAGUCACAGCCCCUGUGUCCUUGGGCAAGACACUUCACCCACCUGCUCCCAGUCCCCGCAUUGUUUUAGAAUCAGAAUCAGAAUCAGAAUCAGCUUUAUUGUCAUUACGCAAGGUAACGAGAUUGAGGCCAUUCCAUACAGUGCGAUGUGUGCAUGCUAGAAAAAACAAAAAACAAAAAAAACAAUGUAACUUUAGAUAAUGGGUCACUAGAGAAAAGCGCUAUGUAAAUAGGAUUUACUUAACUUCAAAAAAGGGAAACACUGUGUGUUCUUGUCUCACAUAGUAUGGAUGAUGAGCAAAUUCAUCCCCAAAAAUAGUUUUCCUUUGACCAUUCAACAACCAGGACAGCAGUAAUUAAGCUAUUUUACAAUUAGUAGACUUUUAACAUUUUUUAUUUUGUUUUCACUUGCACUGGUCCGCCGAAAAUUGGAAAAUUAUUCAAAGAAACAGAUCUCAUCAUCAUCGGCGGUCACUCGAACGAGUAUGACGAUCCUCCUGGUAGGGAUGUAUCCCUUUAUGGAGGAUGCCUGUGCGUGACUUUGUUUUACAUAGGGAGACUGGUGCACAGACAGUCACCACACAAUCCUUGACAGAAUCGGGUCAGGGUCCAGUGGCAUGGAGUCCAAGACGACUGGGGACCCUUUUCUGCUGCAGCCUUCUCCCGCCUGCUCCGCCGUUGAGGUCUUCACCGUAUCCCUGGCUAAGGGGCAGUCAGGUACUAGGCCUUUGCCAAGGGCCACCUGGGGUAACAAAGGGGUUAACCUCUUAGUGCCCCAAGACCCCAUAGAGGAGCCUCCACUGCCGGAUGCAUUUUAACGUCAUGCCCAGGACAAACAAAAACAGAUCUAUUCCUUAGUGUUUAAGGGGAAGCGUUUUCAGCAUUUUUAUCAUCGCUGUCCUGAAGUCCACAGAAGUGAAAUGAUGACAUAGUGCUGCAGAGGAAAUAACACCUCAGCAUUCACAGUUUGUAAUUCUGUCUGCUUCAUAUCAACAAUUCCCCACCAACAAUCAGAUGCUCUGUGGGUCAUGAGUGCUGUUAAUAGGGAUGUAUAUCGCAAUCUGUCAUUCUUAUAGCCAGACCUGUGUGUUUAUUUUCGUACCUGACGGUUUGCGGCUACAACUGUUGCCUUGACAACCUCUCAGGAAGGCAACAGUUGUAGCUGAAACCGUCAGGUAUGGAAAUAACCACACAGGUCUAGCUAUAAAAAUAACAAACUGCAUAAUUAUUUGAAGACCUAAUGAACCUAUUUGGAUUAGGGAUGUAUAUCCUCGAGACUGUAUCCAUACCGAUACCAAUAUCGUUAUUCCUUAUUGAUACCGGUAUUCAUCGUUACUCUUAUCAGUACUAUUUGAAAUUGGUGAGUAAAUAAAGAUAUGAAAAAAUUC